AUGAAGUCCAGAUUAAUCAUUAUCUCCUUUUCUCUGUUUUUCGUUAGUUCUGCAGAGGCAAUAUGUGUUCCGCGCAAUAAGACCACCCCGUCUCCAUCCCCGGAUACGCCUCCAAAUUUGAGGCCUGUGUCAAUACCGUUGCCAUUUUCAGCCAAGGCUCCAACACCUUCAUUGUUGCCUUCACCGUUACGUUCACCCAGGUUUCCAAUACCUUUGUCACCGGCUCCAAAGGCACCAUCACCAGCUGCAAAAGCACCAUCAACAAUACUUGGUACUAUAACGUCUCCACUUCCAAGACCAGGUGGAGGCGGCAACAAUCCAGCCCUCCAAAAGAUAUGCGGUGGUACUGACUAUCCCGACGUCUGUUCAUCAACACUCGGUCCUGUAGCAGGCCCGGCAAGUGAUGUUUCAGCUGUACUUGGUGUGGCAAUAAAGGCUGGCUCAGAUUUCGCCAAAACAGCAGUAGACGCGGCUGGUAAACUGGCUAGCAGACCAGGGCUUCCACCAGAUGAUGCUUCACCGAUCAAAGAUUGUAAAGACAGUUAUGAUGAUGCUGUAUAUAAUUUCCAAAAUGCAGCUGAUGCACUGACUAAAAAAGACGUGGGGACCAUGAAUACCAUGCUUAGCGCAGCCCUGACAGAUGUCGGAGAUUGUCAGGAUGCAUUUGAAGGACAAAGUUCCCCGUUAGCCGCGUUUUCUGAUACGCUAAAGAAGAUGGCUAGCAACUGUCUUGCGAUAGUCGAUCAGAUGAACAAAUAA